GAAAGUCGUUCGAUGCUGGAGAAGACAUAUCGAGAUCAGUAGUCGUCGACGUUCACGUCGUAAGACUCGAUGUGUUACGAGCAAAUGCCCCGCAUUGUCGACUCAGGGAUCAUCGACGGUGUUUGCAAUUAUCCCGCGCGUUAGCGCGAUCCGUUAAUUAAGCCGCUCGAAUCAGCAGCGGCAGGCUGCUAAUUAACGCCGAUAUUCGCCCCGCCACUCUCGACCUGACCGGAGGAUAUCGCCUAGAUCAGCGACUGACGGAUUAAACGAGAGGCCAUUUGCCACACGUAACGGCGACACUUCUUUCUUUCAUCAGUGUCUUCCGAUCGUGGAAGAUGAUGCACGUCGUCCGAUGAAGGUGGGGCCGCCUGACAAGGCGUCGCGGCGCCGUGACAAUGCAGAAAUAUGAGACUUCCCGCUCCGACCGGAUCUCACCGUCAUCUUCGUUGGCAGUACGCUUGCACCGAUGCGACUUACAACGGUUGCCGACGAGUACGUCCGACGUCUAUUGAGGAAAAAUGGGUGCCAAUCAAUCGACCCGGAGCGCGCCCACCCCCGGAGAAGAAGUGAAUUUCGAUCAUUUUCAAAUCCUACGCGCCAUUGGGAAAGGCAGCUUCGGCAAGGUCUGCAUUGUACAAAAACGUGACAGCACCGGCAAUAUGUACGCCAUGAAAUACGUACAUAAAAACGAAUGUGCGGAGCGUGGUGCCCUGAAGAAUGUGGCAAGGGAGGUGGAGAUCCUGUCGAAGUUGGAGCAUCCUUGCUUGGUGAAUUUAUGGUUCAGCUUCCAAGACGAGGAGGACCUCUUCAUGGUGUCGGAUCUACUUUUGGGCGGCGACCUGAGAUAUCAUAUCCAGCAAGAGAUUGUGUUCGGUGAGGAGAGCGUUGUGCUGUUCGUGGCAGAAAUCGCACUGGCGCUCGAUUACUUGCAGACUCAUAGGAUCAUCCAUCGAGAUAUCAAGCCGGACAAUAUAUUGCUGGACGAAGAGGGCCACGCCCAUGUGACAGACUUCAACAUUGCUACUGUACUCGAAAACGGGCAAUUGGCAACUUCGAUGUCUGGGACAAAACCAUACAUAGCCCCGGAGAUUUACAUGUGUUCGUGUGAGGAAUAUGGUGUCCUCGGCUACGGAUUCGCGGUGGAUUGGUGGAGUCUGGGAAUUCUCGCUUGGGAGACCCUAGCCAUGGAAAGACCGUAUCCACUUCACUCCACAACGUCCAACAGGGAGGCUCUGAGAAUCUUGAAGGAGGAAAGACCGGUAUUCUCACACUGGAGCCCGUUGAUACGUGAUCUUCUGGACCGCUUGUUAACUCUUGCGCCGAGUGCCCGAGUGUCGUGCUUGAAAGAACUGAAGCAGGCGAAAGCGAUGAGAGAUCUGGACUUCGACAAAGUGCUGAACAAGCAGAUAAAGCCGCGUUUCACCCCGCCGAAGGAUCACCUAAAUUGUGAUCCCACCUUCGAGCUCGAAGAAAUGAUAAUCGAGACGAAACCGCUGCACAAGAAGAAGAAACGCCUGGCUAAACAGAGGUCGCUCAGAGUUGAGCACUCGGCGGAGGAUGCCGGUGGGUUCGCCGAAGGGGCUGGAUCAAGCGUAGACACGCGGAGAUUAGCUUACAUCCCGGAAUACCGGGUGUACAAUCGCGAGCGCGAGAUCGAGAGACAGGAAAGGGAGAAAAAGGAAAAACAGUGGGAGGAGGAACUGAACACUGCCAUGAAGGGUGCCGAAGAAAGACUCAAAACAAAGCAGCAACAUCUGCUAGCCCAGCGAACUGGAAACCGAUUGAGCGUCUCGACGACGAGCGUCAAAGCGCGCAUAAGCGCAUCGCCAAGACAAGGUCGCCGAGCGAGCGCCGCGACGUCCUCGGACAUCGACUUCAUCGAUGCAAGUCCGGAGCCUAGUACGUCUUAGAUAAUACUGAACACGCUAUAUUCGAUGUAGCCUAUA